AAUCGCUCCUCCUCUUUCUCUCCGGCUUUGUACCCAGAGCUGAACCCACGCCGCGGCUGCUUUCUCCAAGAUACCGGGGCUGUUUAACAUCAGAAAAUGGCCCUACACGUCCCCAAAGCACCGGGCUUUGCCCAAAUGCUGAAAGAUGGCGCCAAGCACUAUUCAGGACUUGAAGAGGCCGUCUUCCGUAACAUCAGAGCCUGUAAGGAGCUUUCACAGACAACACGCACUGCCUAUGGGCCAAAUGGAAUGAACAAGAUGGUCAUCAACCACUUGGAGAAGCUGUUUGUCACCAAUGAUGCUGCUACGAUUCUCAGAGAGCUUGAGGUGCAGCAUCCAGCAGCCAAAAUGAUUGUGAUGGCAUCACACAUGCAGGAGCAGGAGGUUGGAGACGGUACAAACUUUGUCCUGGUGUUUGCUGGAGCUCUGCUGGAGCUGGCUGAAGAGCUGCUCAGGAUGGGCCUGUCUGUGUCAGAGGUGAUUGAAGGCUAUGAGAAAGCAUGCAAGAAGACCCUGGAGAUCCUGCCAGACUGUGUAUGUUCCUCAGCCAAAGAUCUUCAUGAUGUUCAAGAGGCAACAUCUUUAAUUCGCACAGCAGUCAUGAGUAAACAGUAUGGAAAUGAAGACUUCCUCUCGAAGCUCAUCGCAGAGGCCUGUGUGUCCAUCUUCCCAGAGUCUGGUAAUUUCAAUGUUGACAACGUCAGAGUGUGCAAGAUUCUGGGUUGUGGGGUGACGGCAUCCUCCAUGCUUCACGGCAUGGUGUUCAAAAAAGAAGCAGAGGGAGACGUCACAUCAGUUAAAGACGCCAAGGUCGCAGUCUUCUCCUGCCCAUUUGACAGUACGGUGACAGAAACCAAGGGCACAGUGCUCAUCAAUAAUGCACAGGAGCUGCUGAACUUCAGUAAGGGAGAGGAAGACAUGAUGGAGGCUCAGGUGAAGGCCAUCAAGGAGGCUGGAGCCAACGUGGUGGUCACUGGGGGGAAAGUUGCUGACAUGGCACUGCACUAUGCUAACAAAUACCAGCUCAUGGUUGUACGGCUCAACUCUAAGUGGGACCUCAGGAGGUUAUGUAAGACAGUGGGAGCUGUAGCUCUACCCAAGAUGAUGGCUCCAACUCCAGAGGAGAUGGGUCACUGUGAUAACGUGUACCUGACGGAGGUCGGGGACACUCAGGUUGUCGUCUUCAAACACGAGAAAGAAGACGGCGCCAUCUCAACAAUCGUGAUUAGAGGCUCCACAGACAACCUGAUGGACGACAUCGAGAGGGCUGUGGAUGAUGGGGUUAACACCUUCAAGGUUCUGGUCAGGGAUAAACGCCUGGUACCUGGAGCAGGAGCCACUGAGAUCGAGCUCGCCAAACAGAUCACCUCAUAUGGAGAGUCCUGCCCCGGUCUGGAGCAGUACUCCAUCAAAAAGUUUGCUGAAGCCUUCGAGGCUUUGCCACGUGCACUGGCUGAGAACUCUGGGGUGAAGGGGAGCGAGCUCAUCUCUAAACUUUAUUCAGCUCACCAUGAGGGAAACAAAAACAUGGGCUUUGAUAUCGAGGCUGAUGGCCCUGCAUUGAAGGACAUGCUUGAAGCUGGUAUUGUGGAGCCAUACCUGGUCAAACACUGGGGCAUCAAACUAGCAACCAAUGCUGCCAUCACAGUGCUGAGGGUGGACCAGAUCAUCAUGGCUAAGGCUGCAGGGGGACCCAGGGCUCCCAAACAGAGAGGCCACUGGGACAAGGACGAUUGGGAUGAAGAGCCUGAUAAAUUUGAUACCCACCACUAGAGGGCACACACCCCCUCUAUCAAUAAUCAUGGCAAAACCAGCAGGGGGACCUAAAGCUCCCCAGGGCAGGAAGGACUUUGACGAGGAUGACUGAACCUGAUGCAGUCCAGCUGAUGCUCCUCUUAAACCCUGGACGCUCCCACAUGGAUUCAUGGAAACCCUUUUUUACUUGUUUAUUUAAAGCUCAACAGUUUGGUUUAUUUUGUAGAGUUUACCACAAGCUGGUUAAGAAAAUGUUAUGUGAAAGGCAAAAUGUAACGAUGGCACUGCUUUUUAUGUUCUUGGUCCCAAAUAAAAGGCACUUGCGCUGUCAUGA